AUGAGUAACCCUUCAACUUCUCCUUCUAUUUCCAUAACCUCUCUUCCACGAGAGAUUCUUCUCAAAAUUCUCACUGGUCUUCCGGCCAAAUCCACAGUGCGAUUCAGAUGCACCUCCAAAUUCUUUUAUUCCUUCAUACCGGAGCCAAGAUUCGCGUUCAGAACCCUCGUCGCUCUCCCAUCCAGAACACACCGCGAUUUAAAUUUAUACUCCGUGAAUUACCGUGAACAAAGCCAUGGGAACCUCCAAGCCGACACUGCCCAGCGUUUGGAUGUAGAAGCAGAUUUAGUAUCUUCCGCCGAUGGCAAGAUGUGUCUCUGCCACGAAUCGCUAUUUGGAGACGAAGGAGACGAAGCCGUCGACCUUAGUACCGGACGAUGUAUUUGUCUGCCGAGCAUUGCUUAUCCGGCCGGCCGUACGCAGCAGUCUUUCAGCUCCCUUGCCUACUCUUGUUCGUCCUUGGGGUUUGACUCGGUUUCGGAAAGGUACAAGGUUUUCAAGUCGGUGGUGUACUAUGAAGAUGAUCAUGAUGUUUCCUCGGAGGGGUUGAAGCUGCUGUGGGUUUUAACUGUGGGAGUGGAUAAGUCAUGGAGACAGAUAGAGUGCACCAUCACUGGAUACACCCGCGAUGCCGUUUGCAUUCAUGGGAUUAUCUAUUUGAUUCCUGAAGUAUUGGCGAUGAGGUCGAGUAUUGAACCAAAGAUAGUUGCAAUAGAUAUUGCAACGGAGAGUUUUAUCACAUCUAUACCAUUCCCUUUUGAGUAUUACUUCCUGCAGCAGCUUGGUCAGGGUGAGCUGACAUGGAUGAAGUUAAGUGGUCGUCUAGCUUUCAUUAUCAUUCUUGGCCAACAAAAUGCCUCCCAAAUGCUCAGAACCAGAACCUGGCGAGACACUACCUGGCCCAAAAGGGUAGAUAUAUGGAGGUGGGAGAGGUCAAUGGAGUGGGAGAAACAGACAAUCCUUCUUCCAUUGGAGGAGAGGAAGAUGAUUAGAGAAGCUACAUCCAUGAGUUUUACUGCGAAUAGUAUUGGGGAGAUUCUGUUAUUGAUUCAAAGUGAGAGGAUGAUGUCUCCUUUGGUUUUAAUUUAUUCAUUUGAAAGAGAGGUUUGGAGAAAGUUUAAGAUACAUGGACUUAAUGAUUAUGCACAUGAUGCUAUACAUUGGAGAUGCUUUCUACAUGUUAUCGAAGAUCAAGUAGAUUUUUUGGAAUGA